AUGGAGCGGAGAGAAGACGAUCAACAGAAGCGCGACGAUUCCAGAUUCAAUCAGACACUCAAGAACGUCCAGGGGUUUCUCAAAGGUAGGAGUAUUCCUGGAAAGGUGUUGUUGACUAGGAGAUCGGAUCCUCCUCAAGCUCCCAUCUCUCCAACGUAUCACCGGAGCUUGUCGGAGAACGACGCCGGAAGAAACGAGCGUUUUCAGAAUCCCGUCGAGGUGGAAGAUCACAAUUCAGUCAAGAAACAUGAUAACACAUAUGCUGCUAAGCUGAGAUCAAACUCUAGUAGCAGUGAAAGGAUUGUGAAAGAAGUCCAAAACCUGAAGAUAGGUGUUAGAUCAAGUGACUCCGCAAGAAUCAUGAAGUUCAAUAAAGUGCUUUCUGAAACAACUGUUAUUUUAGAGAAACUGCGCGAGCUAGCAUGGAAUGGUGUGCCACACUAUAUGCGGCCUGAUGUCUGGCGGCUUCUCUUGGGAUAUGCACCACCUAAUUCAGAUAGAAGGGAGGCUGUUCUGAGAAGAAAACGUCUUGAAUAUCUGGAAUCUGUUGGCCAGUUUUAUGACCUUCCAGAUUCCGAACGUUCUGAUGAUGAGAUCAAUAUGCUUCGCCAGAUUGCUGUUGACUGUCCAAGGACUGUACCAGACGUCAGUUUCUUUCAGCAAGCACAGGUGCAGAAAUCACUGGAGCGUAUUCUUUAUACAUGGGCCAUUAGGCAUCCAGCGAGCGGAUAUGUUCAGGGAAUAAACGACCUGGUCACUCCCUUUCUAGUAAUUUUCUUGUCAGAAUAUCUAGAAGGCGGUGUAGAAAGUUGGUCAAUGGACGAUUUAACUGCUGAAAAAGUCUCAGAUGUAGAAGCGGAUUGCUACUGGUGCUUAACAAAGCUACUUGAUGGUAUGCAAGAUCAUUACACGUUUGCUCAACCUGGAAUCCAGAGACUUGUGUUUAAGCUGAAGGAAUUGGUCAGGCGUAUUGAUGAACCUGUUUCAAGACACAUGGAGGAGCAAGGACUGGAGUUUCUUCAGUUUGCUUUCCGGUGGUAUAACUGUCUUCUGAUACGUGAGAUCCCUUUCAGUCUCAUCAACCGUCUAUGGGACACUUAUCUUGCUGAAGGAGAUGCAUUGCCAGAGUUCCUAGUGUAUAUAUAUGCUAGCUUUCUCUUAACAUGGUCAGAUGAGCUGAAGAAGCUGGACUUUCAAGAGAUGGUAAUGUUCCUGCAACACCUUCCGACACAGACAUGGACAGACCAAGACCUAGAGAUGGUUUUGUCAAGAGCUUACAUGUGGCACAGUAUGUUCAACAAUUCCCCAAACCAUUUGGCUAGCUGA